ACAGCUGUCAGUGUCAAAUUGACUUGGUGCAUUAUUUUUCAAAUGAUGAAAGGACGAAAUUUUUCAUGAAAUUCUUUAAAUUAUGUUAUAACUAUACAGUUUUCGAUAAGUUGUUAUCAUGCAAAAGUUACAGUUGACUUUGGCAAUCAUAAAGCCACAUGCUGUGAAGAAUCCAGUUGCACUUUCAUACAUCAGACAGGUUAUAAAACAUAAGUUUGUUGUGGUAAAAACUAAAAGAGUUUCCUUAAAUACAGAAGCUGCUAGCAAUUUUUAUAAAGAGCACACGGGAAAGUUCUUCUACAAUCGCCUCGUAACUUUUAUGACCAGUGGCUGUGUAGACUUGCACAUCAUAGGCCAUGCCAAUGCAAUAGAAUUGUGGAGAAAACUUCUUGGUCCAACAAGUGUGUACAAAGGACAAUUCCAGGAGCCAUACUGUUUGCGCGGAAUGUUUGGAAUAUCCGACACCAGAAAUGUGGCUCAUGGCUCAGAUUCAACAACAUCAGCAGAGAGGGAAAUCAAAUUCUUUUUUCCAGACUUCUCAUUUUAUGAAUGGCACAAAUCCUCAGAAGAAUAUUAUAGAAAGGGACCUAUUAUAUUCAAUGACCAUCUUUUUGAACAUGUACGAAAACUGUGAUAGUAUUGGAAUUUAGUUUAAUUUAUUAGCCAAAGCCCAUUACCUGAUAUCUCUAGUAGUGUUUUAGUUGUUAGUACCUACUGUAUUAUUUUAUGUAAAAUGUGAAUGUGUGUUAAGAUUUAUCAAGUACCUAUUGUGAUAGUUAACCAAUUUCUUUUUUGUAAAUAAUGUUUUGCAUAGCAAAUCUAAUCUUAUUUGUUAAAACCUUUUGAAGGUAUUGCCUGUAUUGGUAAAUGACAAUCAUCAAGUUAUAAAAUAUAACU